AUGGCGCCCCAAGUGGAUCUGGUGCUGGUCUUCCGCUCUUCUCCUGGCAGGGUCUUGUCGAAACCACAAGCACGCGAGAAUGCGCGACAAGCCACCCAGCAGUACACGAGGCUUCUUGAUGUCCUCAAGGGCGGCCGUCUACGCGUGGUUGGGAAGCGUGGAGAGCAGGAGGGACAGCUUCUUGUGCUGAUACAGUGUCCGGAGAGCACGCUGGGACGGCUUGCACAGCGCGAACGGUGUUCCGACUUCCUCUCAGGGCUCCUUGUAACAAACAUCACCAGCGGACGAGACCUCGCGGACGAACCUCUCAGCGUCGCCGACCGGCUGCGCAUCGUCCAUGACUACGUUACCUCUACCGAAGCAGACGGCGGUCUCGGCGUCGCACCCGGUUCUGCUGCCUGGGACCGCGUGGAAUCGGUCAUGGUCCUUCACGAUCACGAAUUCAACGAGAAAUGGAUACACGCUUGGACACGACAGCAACUUGGCUUCCUCAAAAUCCACCAAAUACGAGAGCAAUUUGGCGAAGCCGUGGCGCUGUAUUUCCAUUUCCUGUCGUUCUACACGAAACACCUCCUGGUCAUCUCGGGCGUCGGCAUUGUGUCGUUCUGCUUCGCCCCGCAGUACUCUACUGUCUACUCGUCGAUACUCCUCCUUUGGUCACUUGUCUUUGUCGAAGGAUGGCGCAUACAGCAAAGGAAACUCUCUGUCCGAUGGGGCACUAAAGGCUCCUUCCGCGUGGAAAAGCGUAGGGCACAACAUCAUAACCUCUCAUGGUGGCAGAAAGAUCUUAGGGCGUUGGCAAGCCUCCCAGUCAUGCUGUUCUUUGCCUCAGUGCUUGUCCUUAUUCUCACUGGAAUCUUCAUAUUCGAAGCUUUCGUCACCCACCUCUACAACGGUCCUGGACACCAGCUGAUUGGUGUUAGCCCCACUAUCAUAUUCGCCGCUCUAGUCCCACAAAUUCUUGGUGUCUACCAUUCAUAUGCGGUGUCAUUGACAAACUGGGAGAACCAUGCUCACCAGUCCACGCACGAAGCGUCCCUGACGGUCAAGACGUUCAGCCUCUCGGCCAUCGUCGCAUAUCUUGGUAUCGCCCUGUCCGCUUUCGUCUACGUGCCUUUCGGCGAGGAGAUGAUGGUCCUCGUACAGCACUACCUCUUCCACAGCGACCCCAAGUCGAAAGUCUGGCUCGCCCGGAUGUUUUCUGCACUCCCUGCCAACAUCACUGCUGCCUUCAACAGCACCAAGCCCGCAUCCAGCGGGCCACCUUCGAACUCGUUCUGGGAGAGUGACAGCGUCAGCGCCCGGACGAAGCUUAACCCGAAGCGCCUCCAGGAUCAGAUGUUCGCGUUCAUGGUGACACAGCAGAUCGUCAACACCUUCCUCGAGAUUGGACUGCCCUUUGUGCUACGUGCGGUGAGGUCACUGCGCAGCGGCAAAGGCCUGUCACUAGCAACGCCCGCCGCCGGAGCCUCCAAUGGAAAUGGCAACGGCGGGAAGAAAAAACGGGUCAUGUUCGAAGAUCAGCCCGCGGACUCUCAGGGAGAGGUCGAGGAUGAAGAACGCGAGUUCAUGGACACCGUCAAGAAGGAGGUCGCGCUCCCGCCGUACAACCUCUUUACGGACUACAGUGAGAUGGUGACCCAGUUCGGGUACAUCGCGCUUUGGUCGACGAUCUGGCCACUCGCUUCAGUGAUGUCGCUGCUCAACAACUGGCUCGAGUUGCGCUCGGACGCGUUCAAGAUCACCGUGCACGUCCGCCGGCCCAUCCCGACCCGCGCGGACACGAUCGGGCCGUGGCUGGACACGCUCACGUUCCUCACCUGGCUCGCGGCGCUCACCAACUCCGCGCUCGUCUACCUCUUCCGGCCGGGCGACCAGUGCAAGCCGGUGGGCUCCUCGCUCUCUCGCUUGAGCGGCACUGACAGGGACACGGCUGCGGAGCAACAGCUGCUCGUCUCCGCGCUGCUCGUCGCGUUCAGCGCGUCGCACGGGUACAUCCUCGUCCGGAUGCUCGUCCGGCACGCGCUCGAGCGCGUCCUCUGGCGCGGGAGCGCGGAGGAGCGCGAGGCGGAGAAGGUCGAGACCGCGGUCAAAGCGGAGUACCUGCGGAGCCUCGGCGUCGCCGAGGUCGUCAACGCGGACGAGCGGGCCGCUGGCGCGCGGAGCGCGGGGCUCGACGCCGAGGGUCCGCCGUCGCCGUUCUGGGCGCGCGACGAGGGCUUGGACGAGCUCAGCCGUGGAACCAAGGACACGUGA